GCACUUGCUGCUGAGCAAACACCCACAUUGGACAGAGACUGAAUAAGGAACAUGCACGGACUUUAUGUCAAGAGGAGGAAAAUUGGAGACAGUUGCUAUGCAAUGGAGAAUAUGUAGAUUAAGUCUUCUUUUAGUGCUUUCAGACUUGACCCGAGACAUAGAAAUAGAGUCAGAAUGAUGCGUGGGGACGUGGUUGGUGUCUGGGAAGUGGCACUAAGUGAUGGUGUUUACAGGAUUGAGUUUGCUCAUGGCACAACGACAGGAAAGCGGGUUGUUCUUAUUAAUGGAGAGGAGGUGGUGAAAAAAGAUUGGAUGUUCAAGCUUGUCGGAAAGGAAACCUUCACCGUUGGAAGCUUCGACACCAGAGCAACUAUACACAUUGAGGCUCUUACUGGAUUUUCCUAUGAGUACUCCUUGGAGAUUGAUGGUAAAAGUUUAGAGAAGUUCAUAGACGACAGAUCCAAAAUCACCAAGACGUGGGUACUGCAAGUGGAUGGUGCUGACUGCAGGGUUGUGCUCGAAAAGGAUACCAUGGAUAUAUGGUGCAAUGGGCAGAAGAUGGAAACCAUGGGAGAGUUUGUGGAUGAUGGCACAGAGACACACUUUGCGAUAGGAGAGCAUGAAUGCUUCAUUAAAGCUAUUAGCAGUGGGAAGAAACGAGGAGGCAUAGUUCACCAUUUAAUAGUCGAUGGGGAAAAGGUUUCUGCGUACACAUAGCUGAUAAGGAGAAGCUUAAUGGACAUGUUAACGUUGUUAUCUUUGUGAGGAAGGAUAUACUUACAGGUACAUUGAAAGUACUUUCCAUAAUGGAGAGGAAUAUUGAAAUAUGAAAGAAAUAUAAAUUCAGGCUAUACCUUUUCACCAGUAUUACCUGAUUGCUGUAUUUCACUUGUAUAGUUUAACUGAUAUACUUCUCUAAUACAAGAGUAUGGAUAAUAUCAUAUAAGAUGGAGGACGUGU